CCGGGGCUGGGAACCCGGAGGAUGGUAGCGUGCAGGGCGCGGGCCGAGCCUCCCCGCUCCCCGCUCCCUGCUCUGGGCUGGCAGCUCACGCUCCGCCCGCCGCCCCGCAGCGCGCGCCCGGGAGAAGUUGCUCCUCGCCCGCAGCUCACACGCCCCCUGGCACUGUCGCCACGUCCCCACCCCCAACGCCCUGCCUCUCUUCCUCCUCGUCUUAGGCUCACUCCCUCGGAGCGGUCUCCUCCCAAUGUCACCAACCAGCCACCAAAGAGGAACAGCAGCAGUCUCGCAACUGGUGCAGCUCGCCUCCCUGCCACAGAUGGAGUUGGUGGCCCGACCGCACAGCUCGAAAUGACCACAACACGCUGCUUCUGUUUACUGACACCCACCACUCAGACUCUGCUGUCUCUGGGGGCUGCUCCAAGACAACACAAAACUGGAUGGAUUAAACACGGGAACACUUCUUUCAGAGUUCUAGACAAUGCAACUCCAAGAUCAAGGAAUCUGAAGCCUUGAUUUGUUUGGUACGUCUCCUUGGCUUGUAGAUGCCACUUCUCUGGGCAUCUUUCAUGGAAUCUUAUGCUUUAAUUUCUUCUUCUUAAAUGACACCAAUCAUAUGAACUAAAAGACCUCUUGAAUGAUCUCCUUUUUCCCCAGUAACCCUGAUGAAGGCACUAUUUUUGAAUAGUCUUAGCUCCUGAGAAUCAGGGAAAAGAACACAGUUCAUCCAAAUCUGUAAACACAGCACUGAACUUCAGAGUCAAAGAAAUAUAAUAUGAAUCCUGCCUUAUGUGAUUAAAACCCUGGAGAUCAAAGCCCAGUUUCCUCCCUUUUUGAAAAUUUUAGUCUUCAAGGAGAACCUGAAUAUGUAACUGUGUGCAAGAUGAAAACCUGUAUACUGUGUACUUACCUGAAUCCUCCAGAGCUUAGAUCACUAUGUCUGUGUGUUGCCUAGGUGAUGAGGGAAGCUUGAAGCUAAGGACACUAGGAGGUUUGAGCAUCAGUUAGAAGAGAAAUCCAAUGUGGUAGAAAAGUCCCAAGAGGGCCU